GACGCCGCGCAGUUGCGACUGUGGGCUGGGGCGGACGGCUUGGGUUCAGAGGAGACUUGAGGGCGGCGCCGCAGCAGCACCGGCAUCAUGUUGUCCCGGGCGGCAAGCAGCGCGAGCAGGGGGCUGGCGCCGGCUCUGGCGUGUCUGGGCUCCAGGCAGAAGCACAGCCUGCCCGAUCUGCCGUACGACUACGGCGCCCUGGAACCCCACAUCAACGCCCAGAUCAUGCAGCUGCACCACAGCAAGCACCACGCAGCCUACGUGAACAACUUGAACAUCACUGAGGAGAAGUACCGCGAGGCGCUGGCCAAGGGAGAUGUUACAACUCAGAUAGCUCUUCAGCCUGCGCUAAAGUUCAACGGUGGCGGUCAUAUCAAUCAUACCAUUUUUUGGACAAACCUGAGUCCUAAUGGUGGUGGAGAACCCAAAGGGGAGUUGCUAGAAGCCAUCAAACGUGACUUUGGUUCCUUUGACAAGUUUAAGGAGAAGCUGACAGCUGUAUCUGCUGGUGUCCAAGGCUCGGGCUGGGGUUGGCUUGGUUUCAAUAAGGAGCAAGGACGCUUGCAGAUUGCUGCUUGUCCUAACCAGGAUCCAUUGCAGGGAACAACAGGUCUUAUUCCACUGCUGGGCAUUGACGUGUGGGAGCAUGCUUACUACCUUCAGUACAAGAAUGUCAGGCCUGAUUACCUGAAGGCUAUUUGGAAUGUGAUCAACUGGGAGAACGUAACUGAACGAUAUGUGGCUUGCAAAAAGUAAAACAGGAUCAUUAUACUGAUCAUACCCUAAUGAUGUCAGCAAGCUAAUAGCCUUUUCUAAGAUGUGCAUCAAACCUAGUACGCGCUGAAAAUCCUAUAAGGUCCUGGAUAGUUUUCAUUUAAUUAGCCAUUGAAGAAACAUUUAUUUUCCUAUUGUAAGUGUGAAGUUUUUUGACUGUUAAUAAAAGAAUCUAUUAACCAUCAAA